AUGUAUUUAAUAUGGAUGGGAAGUUCUAACAAUGAUAUGUAUUAUGAUUCAAAUGAUAUAUAUUUUAAAGAAAAGUUUCCAAAUAAAGAAGUAAAUAAACAAGGAAUACAUAUAACAGUGAAAAAGAAUCCAUUGAUAAAGAGAAAAAGUUCUAAAAGGAAUUCAUUAAAUAAGGCACAAUACUAUAUAGAAGUUGUAGAUUAUAAUAAUGGAAUGUUUGAUGGAAAGCAUUUCCAUUUUGAUAAGAAAUGGAUAAAAAAAAAAGAUUACGAUUAUUUUCUUGAAAAAAACAGGAGAAUUCAUGAUAUAGCUUUAAGAAAAAUAAGAUUUAGAAAGUAUGGUAUUGGAGUUGCUAUGUUUGUUAUUUUUCUCUUGCUGGGAAUAGCAAUACCCAUAUUAUCAAGUUUACCGUCUUUGAAAGACGCAUGGGACAGUAUUACUGAAGAUGGUUCAAUAUGGUAUACUUUGAAAGAAGCAGUAGGAGGUUGGGGAAAGGAUGUACUGUCCUAUCUUAUUAUAGCAUUAUUUAGCGUACUUAUGGUUAUGUUAGCUGUUAUGCUUAUAGUAGGGUUCUAUACGAUUUUAAGAAAUAAUGAAAAAUAUAUCAAAAUUAAGUUAAUAAAGGAGUAA